UUUUUAUUCUCUUCCUGCUUCAAAAUCAACUUUGCUUGCUUGCAUGGGGUUUUCUCUCUGUCUAUUUCAACUAUCAAAAUAAUAUAAAGGGCUUUAAUUUCUAUUUAAUUUCCUUGUGGGUCUACUACAUAUAUGUUUAUAUUGAUGAAGUUGAGUUGGGUGGUUUGGUAGAGGGGGGAAGUAGUAGUGUUGUCGGCGCAAGGUCACUUUCUGUCGGCAUUGUCUGUAUCCAACGAUGAUCAACAGACUGCAUUUCCCAUUAAUUUAAUAAAAAAUACACCAGAGAUAGAUGCUUCUCAGCUUCGAUUCUGUUUACAUUUUGAUUUCGACCUGCAUAUUCAUGCCUCUUUCUUUAUACUUAUAUCAACUGCAACUCUUGAUCAUAACUGGGUUUCUUUACUUUUGAUGCCUGCCUGCAUAUCCUCCUCUUUAGUUGUCCUUACUUUUAUUUGGGUUUCUUUUCCUCUCUGGCUGACUAACUUUGAUUUCCUUGCUGGGGUUUUACCGCAAACAAAAGUAUUCCAUUUCACUUUCCAUGUGGGAAUGUGAUGAAAUUUCAUUUGGGUGACAACAAUUGUACUGGGAGGCUCAUUCGUGUUGUCAUUGGCAAAUGAAGCUCGAGUUUUUAGACAUCUGGCUGGGUUACUUCUCUGGGAGUGCAGGUUCAAUGUAUGGUAAUUCGUUUUACAAUAAUAUUACCCCGCAUAGUUGAAGUGGUUCCCAUACCAAAUGUCAGCGUCUCUUGCAGCAAUAUUAGGAGGUGCUGCAGGAGCCGUGACUUUGGUGGGGAUAACUAUCAUACUCAUAUGGUUCUGUCUAUCUCACAAUAGGAGUGUAUCCAGAACUUCUGAAACAGGUUCUUCUGAUCCAUCUGUUCAAGUGGGAAGACAUGCUGGGGUUGAGUUGUCAAUGCGAGAAACAAGGCGUUUUCAGAUGGAAGAAUUGUCUCUGGCCACAAAAAAUUUCAGUGAUACAAACUUGAUUGGGGAAGGAAAAUUUGGGGAGGUAUACAUGGGUUUUCUUCAAGAUGGGAUGCUUGUUGCCAUCAAAAGGCGACCUGGAACACCUAGUCAGGAAUUUAUCAAUGAGGUACACUAUCUCUCAGCUAUUCAACAUCGGCAUAUUGUUACUCUCUUGGGUUACUGCCAGGAAAAUAAUCUACAGUUUCUUGUGUACGAGUAUAUUCAUAGUGGAAGUGUUUCCAGUCACCUGUAUGGCACUGGUCAGCAUUCACGUAAAAAGCUAGAAUUCAAGAACCGACUAUCAAUAGCUCUAGGGGCAGCUAAAGGUUUGGCUCAUCUUCAUUCUUUGAGUCCCCGUCUGGUGCAUAAAGAUUUUAAAACAGCCAAUGUUCUUGUAGAUGAAGAUCUACUAGCUAAGGUUGCAGAUGCAGGAAUCCGCAAUUUCCUUGGAAGAGUUGAUAUUGCAGGCCCAUCUUCUCAAGUGACUGCUGAUGAGAUUUUCCUUGCUCCAGAGGUGAGAGAGUUUAGACGAUUUUCGGAGAAAAGUGACAUAUAUAGCUUUGGUGUAUUCCUUCUGGAGUUAGUAAGUGGGCGAGAAGCAGGAGAAUUGGCAUCUUCCGACUCAAACCAGAACCUGGUUGAAUGGGUGCAAAACAUCCAAGAUAAUAGCAAUGUUUCGUGCAUCAUCGAUGAGAGAUUGGGGAAUAGCUUCACAGGUGAAGCUAUGGAAGGGUUCAUACACUUGAUUAUGCGAUGUUUGGAACCUUCAAGUGAGAGGCGACCAGCCAUGAGCCAUGUGGUAAUGGAGCUAGAUCGAAUACACGAGAAAGAGAUUAGCUUGACAACAAUCAUGGGGGAAGGACCCUCCACUGUGAUCCCAGGAAGUCAGUUAUUUAGAGCGACAAAAUAAGACAUUGUGUGCAGCCAAACAGUUAAAAGAGUGUGAUAUUUGUGAAAUACGUGUUUUUUUUUUUCUUGAAAAGGAAAAGGGAAAUUGUAUUACUUUUUUUUUUUUUUUUUUCCUUUCUGAAACAUUAGAGAAGAAGAGAUUCAGCUGUUUGAUAAGUGUAUAAAGAAGGGCUGGCAUUAUUUUUUGAUUAUUUUUACUUGAUAUAAAUGGAUGACAUUGACAA